CCUUUCUUGCUCCUGACCGGCCUACUUGGGUCACGAGCCGGCUGCUCCAGUUCCUCUUUUCCUGGUGGUUUAGCCUUCCCCCGUCCUCCACCCCCCCCCAGCUUGUUGGGUAAACAGCGACUGGGACUGGGACUGGGACUGGGCCGGCAGGAUCCGGUGGGGCCCGACCAGAGCCCUUGCUCUUACCCUUCCUCCAGGGUCUUCAGGUCUGCAGGAAUCUGCUACACCAUUUUUGACUUGGGCUUCCGCUUUGAUGUGGCAUGGUUCCUGACCGAGACUUCCCCUUUUAUGUGGUCAAACCUGGGCAUUGGCUUAGCUAUCUCCCUGUCUGUGGUUGGGGCAGCAUGGGGCAUCUAUAUUACUGGCUCAUCUAUCAUUGGGGGAGGGGUGAAAGCCCCUAGGAUCAAGACCAAGAACCUGGUCAGCAUCAUCUUCUGUGAGGCUGUGGCUAUCUAUGGCAUAAUCAUGGCAAUUGUCAUUAGCAACAUGGCUGAGCCUUUCAGUGGUACUGACCCUCAAGCCAUUGGCCAUCGAAACUAUCAUGCAGGAUACUCCAUGUUUGGAGCUGGCCUCACAGUGGGCCUGUCUAACCUCUUCUGUGGAGUCUGUGUGGGCAUUGUGGGCAGUGGAGCCGCCCUGGCUGACGCACAGAACCCCAGCCUCUUUGUGAAGAUUCUCAUCGUGGAGAUCUUUGGCAGCGCCAUUGGCCUCUUUGGGGUCAUUGUUGCAAUCCUUCAGACCUCCACAGUGAAGAUGGGUGACUAGAUGAUCUGUGCGGGUGGGGCCGUGCCCCACUCUUAUUUAUUUGUGGUUUUCCUGGAACAGCUGGAGCUGUGCCCCUUAGCCUUUCAAGGGGCUUGGUGUUCAGAGCCCUCCCUGCACUCACUUCUUGCUGCCUGUCGAAUUGAAGGCAUUGCCUGGCUGGAUCCUCAGUGUGGGGAGUGGGCUGCUGACUGCAGCUGUGCACCUGUGUCCCACCUCCAACCCCAACCCAUCUUCCCAGUGUUUGUGAAAUAAAUGUGGUAUCUGUCUGGGUCA